CUUCAUUUUUAUUAUCAAUUUCUGAGUUUAUUUUUUUUUUUUUUUUUCAAGCAUCAUGGUGCGCGGAGUUCUUGACGUGUUUGUGGGCACUGGCUCCAAUCUCAAAGACAUGGACAUCUUCACCAAGAUGGACCCUUACUGCGUCUUGUCAUGCGGUCGACAACGCCUCCGCACUGCCACACACUUCAAUGGCGGUCGAAAUCCCAUCUGGAACCAAACCCUGCAGCUCUCGAUCGAGGAAAACGUCACAGUCCUGCGCGUUGAGGUUUUUGACCAAGAUACAGUGACCGCCGACGACGUUGUGGGCGGUACCGACAUUUCGCUGGACGAGGUCUUCCGCACGGGCGCCGUCGACCGCUCGUUCGGCCUGUUCCGUCACAACGGCAAGACGGCCGGCACGGUUCGCCUGAACCUCAUCUUUACGCUGAACGGCAGGCUCGCCCCUCAACAGUAUGCUGCUCCCCAGCAGUAUGCUGCUCCCGGCACAACCACCACCACCACCUACUACUACCCGAACGCCGGCUACGCUGCGCCGCCCCCUCCAGUCAUUCCCGCGCAGCCAGUGUACUACCAACAACCGCCGACCACCACGACCACAUACAUUACGCCCACCACAACGACGUACAUUGCGCCGCCGACCACAACCACCACGUACGUGACGACGCCAACUGUGACGUAUGUCGAUCCGUACUACGAUCCGUACAGCACGACCAACGUCGUGUUCCUGGGAUCGGGUCGCCACCACCACCAUCACUACGGCUACGGCGGGCGCUACGGCGGGCGCUACUACUACUGAGUAUCUCUUCAACUGAACUACUCGUUUGUUUUUUGCUGAAGGAGCCACUGUUUUUCCAUCUUGACCUGGAACCGGUAGAGCCGGUUGAUUGGCACGGAUGUAUGUCUGUAUAUACUGAUGUGUCUUUUGUGUGUGUUUGGAUUCUGUGGAAUCUAAACCCUGCAACGCUCGUCAUGUGAAGUUGCCGCAUUUGUUUUUGUUUUGCAUGAAUUCUUGCCCUUGUUGUUAGCCAUUAUACAUUUUUCCUAGUU